AUGGUCAGCUCCUGUUGUGGCUCUGUCUGCUCUGAGCAGGGCUGUGGCAAAGACUACUGCCAGGAGAGCUGCUGCCAGCCCAGCUGCUGCCAGCCCAUCUGCUGCAGGACCACCUACAGCCGCCCAGUCUGUUGUCAGACUAUCUGCGGUCCUCCCAGCUGCGGUGUGUCCAGCUGUUGCCGCCCCAGUUGCUGUGGUUCUAGUUGCUGCCGCCCAGUCUGCUGCCAGACCACCUGCCGCCCCAGCUGUGGAGCGUCCAGCUGCUGUCGCCCAGUCUGCUUCCAGACCACCUGCUCGUCCAGCUGCUGCCGCCCAGUCUGCUGCCAGACCACCUGCCGCCCCAGCUGUGGAGUGUCCAGCUGCUGCCGCCCUGUGUGCUGCCUAUCGGGCUGCUGCCAGCCCAGCUGCUGCCAGACCACCUACUGCCGGCCCAGCUGCUGUGUGUCCAGCUGCUGCAGGCCCCAGUGCUGCCAGUCUAUGUGCUGCCAGCCCAGCUGCUGCAGGACCACCAGCUGGUAA